AUGGACACCAAAUCAUCCACAAAUGAACAGCAAACGACGGAAAUCAGAGCCAAGCAGGCCGCCUCCAUCUCUGCAUCAGAAGCAACGCAGGCCCCGGCCCCGAGGACCACAUCAUUAGACGGCAGAGCUACGAAGAGACCUCCCUUGCCCAAGCCACCUAAAGCUGAGAACCGACAAGAGACGUCUCCCAAACCACCCACAAAGGAUCCGAGCACUACACCAUCUCAGAAGCGACCAUCUAUUCCUAAAGAAGGACAACAAUCAGCUCCUGAACGUCCGCCACGACCUGGAUCUGCGGAGCCGCGCUCUCGAAGCAGAAAGGCUUCUGGAGUCGAGGCUUCUCCGCGGACGUUCUCUCAAGAUGACUUCCUUAUCAUCGAAAAGCCGGUGCCAGCAGCAGUCAAGGCGGAGGGAAGGGACCCCUCUCUGCUUUCCAGGAUCACAGGGAGCACAGGUCGGAAAGCAGACUCACAGAAUCUUCCCCCAGAGGUCGCGGCAGAACUUCAGCGACGAGAUCAGAUCCUCACCGAGAUGAGAAACUACAUAGAAAAGCUCGAGCAGCGUAUAGUUUCGCAGGACAUUGAGAUUAGCGCCCUCAACACCGCGCUAGCCGAUACGGAGCACAAACUCGACUUGACUCGGCAGGAUCUCAACGCCAGUCGAGCGUUUGUGUCGAGCGAAGGCACAGCAGAUGCGCAGAACCUGAUCAAGAGUCUUCGAGAGCUGAAUAGCGCGAUCGAUGACUUUGCCUUUCGAUUCACUCAAGAGGCGCUCCCGGAGUCCGCGACUUCGGCCAAAGUCACUCAUCGAGGGCUCACUGCGUUUGGGGCUAACUAUUACGGUGCCGUGAAGAUCUCGACAUUCAUCAACGUCGCCUAUCAGCGCAAAGCUACGGUGGGUGACUUUCUUCACCCAUUCGUUUGCUAUGCGCUCUGUCAACGCCUAUCAGAGCUCGUCUUUGAGCCUUUUGUUCCUGGACUAGAAAACGAAAUGAGCGAUAUAUUCAAGAAGAUCUACAGUACCGUCAAUUCAAACGAGCCGCAAGAUAAGAGCGGGAGAUGGCGAGCUUUGACGUUUAGCUCUGUCUAUCGUUCGAGGAACAUAACGGAGUAUGUGGAGAAGGGAGCGGACGACUUUCUCUUCAAGCUCAUAGACGCGGUCAACGCGUUGACCGAACUGGAGGAGAAAUUGACCUUUGAAAACGUCCAAAAGGAACUCGGUGACGUUGCACGGUCCAUCUUUACCGAGGCGUUCAAGUUUCAGGAGACGGCAUGUACCAACUACUUGUCGUAUGACUAUGUGCCAUUUCUCUCGUCGGCGGAUCAACCGUUUCAUCCGGCGUACAUGGAGACCGCACAAGAGGUUCGGCAAGGUGGUCGAGGGAAAUCAAGUACUGCCAUUCUCACUAUUGGCCUGGGAUUACAGGCAUGGAAGAGCGUGGUAAAGGAGGACAAGACGAUUUCAAAGGACUACAGUAUUGCGGUGAAAGCCAACGUCAUCUGCGGAAACUGGGAUCCCAACGGUGAUUCAUAG